AUGCAGAAGACUUUCCCUCCAAAAUUUAAAGAUCCGGGGAGUUUCACCAUUUCUUGCACCAUUGGAAGCAAUAAUAUAGGGAAGGCUUUUAUUGAUUUAGGGGCUAACAUCAACCUGAUGCCUCUAUCUAUGCUUAAAAGGAUUGGUGGUCUUGAAGUUAAGCCAACAAGAAUGAUGCUUCAGUUGGCAGAUAGGUUUGUCAAAUAUCCUUAUGGUGUGGUAGAAGACGUGGUGGUGAAAAUUGACAAAUUUCAAUUCCUUGUGGACUUUCUAGUGAUGGAGAUGGAGGAAAAUGCAAAGAUACUGCUCAUCCUUAGAUGA